CUAACAAUAGAUAUAAAAAAUAAGUAACCAAGAAAAUAAGUAACGGCUUCUUCGAUCAUUUAUAUGUUUAUCCUAAACUAAUAAGAAAGCUUGUGAUAAUUUCAGUGUUCUCACUCUCAUCUCCAAUCUGUGAUAUAUUUCUCAUGUCUCAUCAGACAGUAGCGCUAGCCUCUAAGGCUAAGUCUCCUAAACCCAAAAGUAAAGUGUUCACGACCCAUUUAGCAUGCCCACAUGUAUCAUUUGAGCAUGGCUCCAAUUUUUCAAAUUAAUUUAGAAAAUUUAAAUAUGCAUAUAACUUGGUUGAUAUAUAUACAUAUAAGAAUAACAAAGUAUGCAUAAGAUUUACGUAUAGGUUGAAAAGGUCCUUAUAUAUUUUUUCUUUUAAAUUCUUAACAUUUUUGGAAUGUUUUUUUGUUUUUGUUUUUGUGAGUCGAAAAAGGGUCUAUGCAUGGAAACAUAUUUGUGGGAUUAUGUUGUUUAUGUAGGAGGAAAGUUAGAUAAGGAAAAAAUGACUGCAUUGGAGAAACAUGUUUCCUUCUUCGACAGGAACAAAGACGGCACCGUUUAUCCAUGGGAAACCUACCAAGGAUUUAGAGCGCUCGGGACAGGGCGUCUUUUGGCGGCUUUUGUUGCUAUAUUCAUCAACAUGGGACUCAGCAAGAAAACUCGUCCGGGAAAGGGAUUCUCGCCGUUGUUUCCAAUAGACGUGAAGAAUAGUCACCUUUGCAUGCACGGUAGUGACACCGACGUCUAUGACGAUGACGGAAGAUUUGUGGAAUCAAAAUUCGAGGAAAUAUUCAACAAGCAUGCUCGCACACAUAAAGAUGCUCUCACUGCAGAGGAAAUUCAAAAAAUGCUUAAGACUAACAGGGAUCCUUUCGAUAUCACAGGAUGGUUCGUUGUUUCUGAAUUAUUUCAAACGAAUUAAAUUAUAGUCACAACGUAACGUAUCAUUCCGAUUUUCGUAAAAAACAAUAUACAUAUGGCACGAUGCUUAUACGGUUAUACCUAAGUAUUAUCUCUGUACAGGCUUUCAGAUUAUGGAGAAUGGAAAAUAUUACAUACGUUAGCUCAAGACAAAAAUGGUUUGUUAUCGGAAAAGAGCGUCAGGGCCAUCUACGAUGGUAGCCUUUUCCACCAACUGGAGAAAAAAAGAUCUUCUUCUUCUUCUCGUGGCAAGAAACAAAAACUACCAUAAAUGUUUACAUGAAUCUUCUUAUAUUAUUAUGUGGAGAUCACAUAACAUUCUUGGUUUAUAAUUAUAUAAUUUUGUCAAAUAACUUUUGUAAUGAAUAAUUACAUAGAUCAAACACUCUUUAAAUAAUUAUUGUGUAUAU